AUGCACAUUGAAGGUUAAGCCGGAGCGCGUCUCUGCGGUUUGUGUUCGCCUUAAUGCGUUUGUUGGUUCAACAAAUCGUUAAUUGUCAGCUCUAAUCUGUGGAAAAUACGUGUGGUGCCACGGAUAUUAAUAUUUUAGUGAUCGUAGCUUAAUUACCGAAGUAUAUUCUUCAUGUAAUAGCUUGUAAUCGUUUGUUGGUUACAAUGGAAGAAGAACCAACGCGAGCCCGUUGCUUCUUUGAUAUUUCAAUUGGUGGUCUGCAAUCAGGUCGUAUAGUCUUUGAACUAUUUAAUGAUGUGGUGCCGAAAACGUGUGAAAACUUCCGUUCCCUAUGCACUGCUGAGAAAGGCAUUGGUGAGACAACUCAGAAACCAUUGAAUUACAAUGGUGUUAUUUUUCAUCGAGUCGUGAAGGAUUUUAUUAUACAAGGUGGUGACUUUUCUAAUGGUAAUGGAACUGGUGGUGAAAGCAUCUAUGGAGGAACAUUUGAAGAUGAAAAUUUUACACUCAAGCAUGAUAAGCCAUUGCUUCUUUCAAUGGCAAACAGGGGUAAAGAUACAAAUGGUUCCCAGUUUUUUAUUACGACACAACCGGCCCCGCAUCUCGACAAUGUUCACGUGGUAUUUGGACAAGUAGUAAGUGGCGUGGAUGUAGUGCGGCAGAUCGAAAACCUUCCAGUGGAUGCGAACAGUCGACCUUUACAGGACACGAAGAUCACACGAUGUGGAGAGCUUGUUAAACAAUCGAAAGUCAAGAAGGAGAAGAAAAAGAAGAAAUCUAAGAGCGAUGAAGAAAACGAAAGUGAGGACAGUGAGGCUGGUAAGGAGCGAGAGAAGAAAAAGAAAAAGGAUAAGAAGAAAGAUAAAAAAGAGAAAAAGCAUAAGAAAAGCAAAAAGUCCGACGAUGGCACCGAAGAGGAAGGUGAAGUAAAAGAGGAUGAAUUACACCCAUUGGUGUCUGUAACAAAUAUUAACCCUGAAGACAUCCCUGAUGUUCCUACGAACAAGUUUUUAAUGCGUGGCGAUCGUAAAAAUAAUGAUGAUAGGGAUGGUCGUAAAUCUUACAAGAAAAGAGACAACCGGGAGAAUUCAAAUUACAAACGACGUCGACCAAUGCUGACAAAGAGUGGACGAGUAAUUAAAGGACGUGGUGUUUUUAGAUUUCGAACGCCAUCAAGAAGUCGCUCGCGCAGUGUAACACCAGUACAUUGGAAGAAGGAAGAGGCACGAGUCAUUAAACUUUCCGAGUAUGAAAAGAAAGAAGCUUUUAAGAAGCAUCAAGACAUCCCUGACCGCCAUUCAACUUCGCGUUCAAGGCGGUCUCGUUCACAUUCUCACAUAUCGAGUGAUCGCGAUCAUAAUACGAGCAAUAGUCGUCCUGACCCCGAUUCUAAAGAUAUUGAUUACAACGCCUUGGACUAUGAAGACAAUGCUUCGGAAGAUGAUGAUCACGUCUUGAAGAAGCAAGUGCCUAGCUUAGUACAGUACCCUCUUCCCAGCGCCGUCAAAGCUUCAGAAGAAGCUAACAAGUUAAAUGAACCUGAUGACACAGAAUCUGCCGAUUUGCAGAAUAAAGAUGGCGAUGAGAAUUUGCUUUCUAACAAGCGUUCGGAAGCGUUGGCAAUGGCGCUUGGUGUGCAGAUCAAAACGGGCAUUGAUCCACCGACAGGUGAGAUAAAAAUGAGCGGAUAUCUUAAGUCGAAUCCUGAGCCUCCCAACAAGAAUUAUGAUAUCAGUUCGAAGUUGAUGAAAAUGGCUGGUACUGAUGUUGCUCCUGUAAAGAAUGAAGACGCUCACAAACGGAAGAAGUUUGAGGUGGAGAAACCGAUUGAUAGAAGUGACAAACAUCGAAACGGACGAAGGUUUGACCCACCAGCACGUCGCGGAGAUCAGAAUAGGGUGGGAUUCAGAAACCGUCGAGAUUCGUUUCGAGAUAAUCGCAAUCGCCGAGGAUCUCCACCAAGGUCACACAAUCGCCGUCGUUCACAUGACAGACAGCGCCGAUCGAGAAGUAAAGAUCGUCGCGACAGAAGGCGACGAUCAAGGUGUCGAUCUCAUAAUAAAAACGAACGGAAACGUUCGCGUGAUCGCACUCCACGUAAGGCUUCACCAAAAUCAACAAAUGAAGAUGAUGACAAGCGCAUAAAGGCUGAGCAGUUGCUAUUGCUAAAAAAGAAAAUGGAACUUGAAAUUCUUGAGAUAAAAAAGAGGAAGGAUGAAGAGAAGAUGGCGUUGGCAAUUGAAAAACAGCGAAAAGUCAAAGAAGAAGCUGAAAUGCUAGAGAAAGCGAAGAAAAUUAAACGCGAAGCACUGGAAAAAGAAAAAAUAUUCCUCACAGUCAAGGCACUUCAGGUGUUAGAUAAGAAGUCGACUCGCCAACAAAGACAGUCUCGCAGUUCAAGCUCUAGUUCAUCGAGCAGCUAUAGCAGCAGCUCCAGCGAUCGAUCGCGCAAUAGACGCACCAAGAGGGGUAGUAAUUGGAGUUCAUCUUCAAGGCGCCGCUCGCGUUCGAAGCGGAGAACUCGCAGCACGAGCAGCAGCGAUUCGUCUAGGGAUAGGUCACACGGCAGGCGAAAAUCAGCCGCACGUUUGAGGCGCCGUUGAAACAGAUAGCUAUAAAUUAAUUCGACUUCAACAACUUUCGUUUGUUUUCAUAUUUUGCUCAUUUGUGUUGUUUUAUGAUUAUGACUUUGAUUAUAUCUGUUUCUCAAUAAAUAGGACCCUUUCAA